CUCCCUCUUCUUUCCCUUCCUAGCUUUGCUUCCUUCACUAUUGCUGCCGCCAAUGUCGGUGCUGCUGCUGCUGCAGAGAAGGAGGUGGACGUGCUAGGCCGGCUUGCCCUGCCUGUUCCGACCGUUCCUCUGUCCCCUUCCUCCUGCCGGGGGCCUUGCGCUGAGCUGGGGCCCGGCGGGGAGGGGACAUGGCUGCGUCGCCUGGGGCCCGACGGGCCGCCUGGGGGGCAGGCGUGGGCCAGCGGGGCGGAGGGGCCCGGUUGUGAGUGGCCGCCUCCUCUUCCUGCCUGUGUGUGGGGGGGGAUCCCUUCCCAUUUCAGCCCAGCCUCUGCUAUGCUGCGAUCUCAGCAUCUUCUCCGAUAGCAUUUGCAAAUGAAAAUGGAGGAAAUGACUUUGUCGGGCCUGGAUAACAGCAAGUUGGAGGCUGUGGCUCAUGAUAUUUUUACGGACUUGGUUGAUGAUGCCUGCCUGGGCUUAUGCUUUGAGGUGCACCGGGCUGUAAAGUGUGGCUAUUUCUUUCUGGAUGACACUGACCCUGAUAGCAUGAAGGAUUUUGAAAUUGUGGAUCAGCCGGGGCUGGACAUCUUUGGCCAGGUCUAUAACCAGUGGAAGAACAAGGAAUGUGUUUGCCCAAACUGUAGUCGAAGCAUUGCCGCCUCCCGCUUUGCCCCACACUUGGAGAAAUGCCUUGGUAUGGGUCGGAACAGCAGCCGCAUUGCCAAUCGAAGGAUAGCAAGUAGUAACAACAUGAACAAAUCUGAGAGUGACCAAGAGGACAAUGAUGAUAUAAAUGAUAACGACUGGUCAUAUGGAUCAGAGAAGAAAGCAAAGAAGAGAAAAUCGGAUAAGAAUCCCAACUCACCCCGAAGAUCCAAGUCCCUAAAACAUAAAAAUGGGGAGUUGAGUGGGAACUCGGACCCAUUUAAGUAUAACAACUCUGCUGGAAUCAACUAUGAAACACUGGGCCCUGAUGAGCUCCGUACUUUGCUCACCACGCAAUGCGGGGUGAUCUCUGAACACACCAAGAAGAUGUGUACACGAUCUCUGCGCUGCCCCCAACACACAGAUGAACAGCGGAGGUCAGUCAGGGUCUGCCUCCUGGGAUCCUCUGCCUCACUUCCUGAGGCAGAAGGAAGCAUGGAGAACGACAGUUUUGACGUGGCAGAAAGUCAGGCUCUCAUGAGUAGACUGCAGUGGGAUGGAUCUUCAGACAUCUCUCCUUCUGACUCUGCCUCCUCUAAAACAAGUACAAACAACUCAGAGUCCCGGAAAACCAAAAAGAAGAAACCACACAUGAGCCUGGUAGGGGGUGCUCCAGGAAUGAGCUCCAGUAAGAAGAAACUGAAGCCUAAACCGCUCGCACCUCCCACCCCCAGCCUCUAUGACGACAUCAACUGAAUGACACUGGGCUGGGGAAAAUGGGGAGGGGAGGAUGUGCCCCAGUACCCUUCAGACCCAGUUCAUGGGAAAGAGGCUGGGCUGUGUCCUCCUGCGUGCCCUCUCAUGUACAUCUUUUUUAAAAAUUAACUGUGAAGAGACAUGGCUGCAUGUCUUCCCCCUCCCUCCUCCCAAACCUCCAACUCUCAUUGCACCGUCCUUUGUGUCCACUGGAUGUGGAAUGAAAAGAAACGGACUGCUUUUGGUGCAGUGGGCACCCACCUCUUCUGGGAAAAGGGGGUGGUGGUUUGAGGUAGGGCCUUGAAGAUGGAUGAUGCCUCCAUCAGUCAGGGAGUAGCCAUUCCCCCCCCUCCCCCUACACGUGUCUAUUUAUUGUGAUGUUAGUGGAUGUUCAAUCAUGACUAUAUACGAUGGCAUCGUAUUGCUUAGCAACACUAGAGAUUGGGCAGGGGGUGGGGUUUGUGGCCUCUAUUUCCUGGUCCAGUUUGGAAGGGAAACCAAGGGGUGUCUGGGAGAAUGGAUGAUGACUGUUGCCUUCAGUCCUGCCCUCGUCCAUUAUCUGCCCCAGCAGCCGCCUCUCUGUCACAAGCAGCAGCAUGAGAUUGUGAUUCGGCCUCUUCCCCUCUGGGCUUUCGCAGUGCUUGGUUAUUAAGAGAUCAGUUUUGUAGCCUCUGGGCCACUCUGCCCUUUAGUAGGACUACUGUCCUUAUUGUAUUGGAAACUCAGAAGUGCACACAACCUGAGGAAAUUGAGGAGAUGCAGAAGGGAGAUUGCAUCUGAUAUGGUAACCAUCGCUACUGCUCCCUUUCCAAAUGGUUGUCCUCCUGCCUAGAGGCAUUUUAAAGAAUUGGUAUAAAGCAAGCUGAAAAGUGGCUGUACUAAUAUGGCCAUCUUUCCCACCAAAUACCAGUGGAUGGAAGCUGGUGAGCUACUGGUGUCUUAACUUGCAUUGGGAUACAAACUCCCAAACCUUGGAGCCAAUAUCAUAAUGAUUUUCAUUGCUUUAUAUACAUCUUGUAUGUAAGUGUGAAUCUUCAUACACCCCUAGCUGUAAACUUCAAUCUUGUUGAAUCCUAAGUAGCAAACCUAUUGGUAUGUUCAUUGGGGGCAGACAGAUGGCCUGGGUUGUAGUCUGUCAUCUGUCAAUCACUUUUUCCUUAUGGUGGUAUGUAUGAAUGAACCUUGCCCUUAAGUAUUGGAGCCAAACUCAGUUUGGGUGGAUGGUGGUAAGAUAGGAUGUAAGGAAGAGGGGAGGAUAUAUGCUCUAGGUGAAUGGACUAUGACGCCUUCUUUCACUGUUUUCUUCUCCAUAUAUCUCUCUUCUACCCUCAGUCUUGUCCUCAGCUUCAUUCCUCCUUACAAAUAGCUGCAGUUUUAUAUCUAGUGCCAUAAAUCAUGAUUGUCCUACAUUUUGCAGGUAGAGGCUUGAAAAUUUAAAGCUAUUACUGGAGCAUCAGUGACUUUUCAGUCUCUCUCGCUAUGCUCCCCUCUUGUAUCCUCUACUUUUAAUGAGAUUUAGAACAGGAAAAAGACUGAAGUGCCACUCAACCAACUGGGUAGAAGCCCUACAACUGCUUUUGCAUGUACUGUAUGUAAAAGGUAUUUUUUGAGUUCACCACCAUCCCUUCUAAAGAAUACAGGUUUUCCUCCUACAAAUAUGUUGUAGUGCCUGUGACUAAUUCUGCACUGCAAUAAAGUAACAGACCAUUUUCUAUAAUGUAGUAAUGGCUAUAGGUAGCCUAUUCUAGAAUACUGGUUUAGAUGCUAGGCACUGAGAAUCUAGGGCCACAGUGAUGCUGGCUCUCUGGAUUGGGGUGGCUGACCCUUAACUGAGAUCUGCAUUUUGCUUUGGACUUUCUGCCUGCUGUGCCCCAUGCCCCCACCCUACAUUUCUUAUAGUAUCUGAAAAAGCCUUGGUAUGGUCAGAUAAGGGCCCUCCUUUCUCUCUCAAAAGCUAUGGGUCAAGUAAUUCUCUUGGCACACAGAGCAUCCUGUAAGAGAACUAUUCCUGGAGUAUAUUGUUUCAGAGUGCAGAGUUGGGAAUUCUGUGAUUGAAUGCUUCCUCCACAUAUAUGAAACAAAACUGCAUAUAUAUGAAACUCCACAUAUAUGAAACUAAAGAGCCUUAUCUCCUUCAGGCUAGUUUUUGAAGUAUAGGAUUGUGGGUUUUUAUUUUUUAAAUAACUCAAUCAUGCAAUCUCUACCUGCAAACUGAAAUGCUGCCGCUGAGGAACAACUGUCACCCACAGAACUAUGUCUAGGAUGAGCCUCUGGGUGGUGCCCAUUGUGCUUUUGCUUCCUUGCUAGCACCCUACAUGGUUCCCUGGCACUCCUGGUGGCUGUUGGGCCCAAAACGUAGCUGCCACAUUUCCUUGUAUUUCUGUGGACAUGCUAUGUGUGCUGCACCCAGAGCCAUUGAAUGUAAGGUGCUGCUGAUGGUCAAGGUGUAGCUGGUUAGGAGGCUGAUGGGGGGGGGGGGGGCACUUAGUAAGCUCACAGUGUUGUUUGUUUUCCUCCAUUUUUGCCUACCUAGGCAAAAGAUAGCUGAGAUACAGAGUUUGCUCUGGGCCACAAUGGGCCCUUGCUAUUGUCUUUUGCCAGGCAGGGCCAGGAAACCCGAUGUUGCACUCAUGCAAAAUGAAGCUGAUUGCCAACUGCAGCUGUUUCUGUCUGCAGAAUAUCACGGCAUUUUUUAAGAAACCCAAGACUGUGUGUUGCUCUCUAGUGGAUAUUUUUCAAUACAUGACUCUGUGUAGGAGUGGGUUGGAUAGAAUAGCUCUACCUGAUACCUGCUUUUAACUGAACUAUUUGGACUGAACAAGCUUUUUUCAAAGGGAAAUAGGUGGUGGGGAGGGGACAAGAUAGACUUUGGGUCAAACCAGGAUCAGUUAACCAUCUCUGCCUUGCAGCCACGGGCUAUGCAGCGUUAAGUACAAACAUGAAACUGCAGGCUACCUGGCAUAAGUUCUGCAGUAGCACAAACGUAGUCCAAGUAGGAGUGGGGAGAAGAGAGAAACAUACACACUAAAGAUCUUUGCUCAUCCUCCAUGUUUGCAGCUGAAGCUGCUGGGAUCAUGUUGCAGGCAACUUUGGAGAUGUAGCAUCAGGGUCAUUUUGAACACAAAUUUAGUGGGGUGGGGAGAGGAUGUGGGUUUUUAAAAUAUAUAAAUAAAUAUAUAUAUAUGGGGCUCUGUAUCUACACUUGCAUCCUUUAUUUUUUUAAGGUAGGCCUGUUUCACUUGAAGAAAAAAAAACCCUUGUAUUCUAUCAUGAGUGGCUUGAUCAUGAGAGGUUUUUAAUUUGAUAUACAAACUGCACCCAUGUGAUAUUUGAACAUGUGCAGAAAUCAUUGGAGUAAGUACUGUACUGUCGUCUGAUUUUUAAUUUUUUUCCAGUUUUGCUUAUGUAAUCUCAGCCUGUACAGGUAGGUAGCUUUAAAAAUAAAAUUUGUCAGAUCUGUAACUUUUCUGCCAUCCAUGGAUUGUGGAAUGCCUGUGUAAAUAAACAGCAGCUCUGCUUGGUAUCUGA